GCUUCCUGUUACUGUUUAUUGUCUUUCACUACAAAGACCACUGAACCCCACCGUCAUGUCGCAUAAGCUUUCCAUGAGGGACUACAAGAAUUGACAACUUCAUAGUACCUGACUAGCGUAUCGCGCCUCUACUAUCAUCCUGUCAUCUUGCGCAGCUCCAAGCAUGAGCUCCACGGAUCUCGUUGAAUCCCAAGGGCUGCGGAUCGCCGUAGAGGGCUGCGGUCAUGGCACCUUACAUUCUAUAUAUGCUUCGGUCAAGAAGUCUUGUGAGAUCAAAGGUUGGGAGGGUGUUGACCUAUUGAUCAUUGGGGGUGAUUUUCAGGCUGUGCGCAAUGCCCACGACUUGAAAGCGGUCUCAAUGCCUGAGAAAUACUACGCCAUGCACGACUUCCACGAGUAUUAUUCCGGCGCCCGCGCCGCCCCGUAUCUGACCAUCUUCAUUGGCGGCAACCAUGAGGCGAGCAAUUACAUGUGGGAGCUUUACUAUGGAGGAUGGGCCGCGCCAAACAUAUACUAUAUGGGUGCUGCCAACGUCGUGCGGCUCGGGCCUUUGCGCAUUGCUGGGCUGUCUGGUAUUUGGAAGGGCUACAACUUCAAGAAACCUCACUUUGAACGUCUGCCAUACAACCAAAGUGACGUGCGAAGCAUAUACCACGUCAGGGAACUAGAUACGAGAAAGCUGCUUCAAUUGCGAUCGCAGGUUGAUAUAGGGCUGAGCCACGACUGGCCCCGUGGGAUGGAGUGGAAGGGAAACCACCGACAGCUGUUUAGGUUCAAACCCGACUUUGAGCAGGAGGCUAAAGAUGGUACACUUGGAAGCGUAGCGGCCACGACUGUUCUGGAGCGGCUUCGACCUGCGCAUUGGUUCAGCGCACACAUGCACAUAAAGUACGCUGCUAUUUGGGAGCACAAAGCAACGGAGACUGCUGUAGCUGAUAACGCAGCUCUCAAGGCAGGCAUUCCCCAUGCAACAUUUGUCAAGAACGAGGACGAGAUCGAAUUAGAUCUGGAUGACCCUAAUGACGACGCAGCUCCCAAGGCAGACGUUCCUUCUGCAGCCAUUGUCAAGAUGAACGAAGAUGAAAUCGACUUAGAUCUGGAGGAUGACUUGCCGCCACCGGUGCCUAAAAAUGAUGCGGAAAUAGAUCUUGACUUGAAUGACGACGCACCGCAACCAGCACCAGCAACGGGAUCGGGUCGCGAAGGAGGUCACGAUGGUGUAGCGACUACGUCGAACGCUGUGCCAGAACAUAUUCGCAAGCUUCUGCCGGCAUCAUUCGCGCCUCCCUCGCGCAAAGAACCAGUUCCGAGACUGCCGUUUCCUAAAGAGAUCACCAACACCACGACGCGCUUUCUGGCUCUAGACAAGUGCCUACCGAAUAGGCACUUCCUCCAGGUUUUGGAGGUUAUGCCGUCAACACCAGCUGCAUUCCAACGCCCGCUUAGGUUGGAGUACGAUCCAGAGUGGCUUGCGAUAACCCGAGUCUUCGCCAAGUAUCUACAAGUCGGCGAUCCGACGUCACAAGUACCUACUGAUGAAGGUGACGUAGUCUACCGACCUUUGAUAGAGAAAGAAAUGGAAUGGAUUGAGAAAAAUGUGGUUGACCCUGGGAAGCUGCAAAUUCCAGAAGACUUUGAGCAGACGGCGCCGGUGUACGACCCGACAAUGGGGAUUCGUGUCUCUGGUCUGCCCAAGGAAUACAGCAACCCGCACACACAGAAGUUUUGCGAGCUACUGCAGAUUCCCAACCCUUUUCAGGCGUCGGAGGAAGAAAGAGAACAAAUGAUGCAACAGGGCCCACGAGAGGAGCCGGGACGGGAUGGACGGAGCAAUAAUAGUCGCAGAGGCGGUGGAUACAGAGGAGGUCACAGAGAUAGAGGCCGUGGCGGCCAUCCUCCUCGUGGCAGCCGUGGUCGUGGUUACGGACGCGGGAGGGGUGGCGGGCGCGGUGGUGGCCACUGAGGACGCAAGCGAGGGCCGGCCAACAGAUGAUGCAGAGCGGCCACCGCCCCAAAGUACGCCAGAACCAAAUUGUAGGCUGCCACGGCUGGCUACGCAUACAACUUUACGAACAGUAAAGUAGUGUCCGAGAGUCGAGUAUGACGAACUAGGCAACUGUACCUGGGACGGCAUCUCAUACUAAUUAAGAGUUCCAUAGAUGAAGUGCCCACUCUUAUGCACCAUGAUAGCCCUAGUUAAGGACGUUGAACAACGUUUUUGAACGGCAUUUACAGAUGCAAGGACGGCCUGGGUAGUAUGAAUAUGUAUGGAUAUAUACGAGUACGAUGCAAAUAGCUUCAGCCUACAGGACAACCCCAUUUAAUGUGAGGAUUGUGACCGGGG